AUGUUUACCUCCACCAAAGCCUUGCAAAUGGUAUACAAAGGGAUCUCCCUCGAGACACUUGGCUCAGAGGCUGGACCCGAGUUCAUGAAGACGGUUAACAUUGCGAGCGGGAGCAUUGAAAAGAAGAAAGUCGUCACUGUCGGAUACCACACCAGUUCCGGCACAAGACUCCUCUCAAUUCAUGCCCAUGACGACAGAACCUGGAAAGAAUUCUUCUCCCGACAUGGAAAACCGGAAGCCGCAAUCUCGGCGAGCUUGCAGAAAUCAUCGGACGCGGAAGCAUCCAAUGCAGAAGAGUCGAAGAAGUAA